AUGGCGCACCAGUCGCCCAUGAUAGCGAUCCCCAAGAAGACGACGGGGGACGUCGAUUGGACAGCUCCCAUACGCAAUCUCAUUGCCAAGUCUUUCGGGGAGAACCCAGACAAUUACACACAGGAGUGCCAAGCGCUGCAACGCUGCAGGCAAGACGCUGUAAAGGGAGCAGGCAGCGAUAUGACAGGUCGUGAUCUGCUCUACAAGUACUUUGGGCAACUCGAGAUCCUAGAGAUUCGCUUCCCAGAGAUACGAGUCAACUUCCCGUGGAAUGAUGCUUUCACGAACAAGCUGACUAUGCAGACAGCUAUUGCGUAUGAGAAAGCCUCUGUUCUAUUCCAGAUCGCAGCUACGCAUUCCGCCAUUGCCGCUUCUCAGAACAGGUCCGAUCCAGAGGGGCUCAAACUAGCCUUUUACUACUUCAAGACAUGCGCAGGCAUGCUCACAUAUAUUAACGAGAAUUUCUUGCAUGCACCCUCGACUGACCUCAGCCGGGAGGUGAUCAAGUUUCUGGUGGGUGUCAUUAUGGCGCAGGCUACAGAAGUAUUUUUGGAAAAAUGCAUCGACGAGAAGAAAGCACCUGCGUUGAUAGCCAAGAUUGCCUCCCAGUCUGCUUCUAUGUACACCUCCCUGAGCGAGGAGGUGAAAGAUUUUAUGGGUAAGGGCAUAUUCGACCGCAACUGGAUCACUCUCAUCCAGAUAAAGUCUAAACACUUUGGCUCUAUCGCACAAUACUAUCGCGGUCUAGUUGACAAUAAAGCGGGGGCCUACGGCGAGGCCCUUGUACGGUUCACCCUCGCUGAAUCUCUCGCAAAAGAGGCUAAUCGCUCUGCUGCAUCAUUUUCUGCUUUAUUUGCCCACGUAUCACCUACGCUUCCCGCAGAUGCUGGGCCUUCCAUCUCCGAACGUACAAAGGUACAGCUUCAGCUGAGCACAGACCGCAAGACAGAAGCGCAGCGCGAUAAUGACCUCAUCUACAAUGCUGUCCUUCCAUCUGCCGAUGCACUGCCUGCUAUCGAAAAAGCGGUUGUCGCUACGCCUAUUUCCAUCCAAGAGGUGUAUCGCGCACCAGAUGUACAGAAUGUUAUAGGCGCGGAUAUCUUUGUCAAGUUAGUUCCGUUGAGCGUGCACGAGAGCGCCAGCGUGUACUCUGAGGAGAAGGCAAAGCUUGUGCGUAAAGAGGUUGAGAACGCAGAAAGCGCCGAGGUCGAGGUGCGCAGUGCACUGGAAGCGAUGGGAGUGCAGGCAGGACUUGCCAGGUUCAAGGCGAUGGCUGAGGGUAGCUUAGGCGGGGAGGAAGAGAUUCCCUUGGAUGUACGCCGUUGGCGAGAGGAUAUCAACGUCAUGGAGGACAGGGAGGGUAUCGACAUACUUUUGCAACAGAUGGCUCGUCUCAAGGAGACUGUCAAAACAGAGCUGGACAAUAUUUCGCGGGACCUUGAUGUCGAAUCAAGAGAGUGCGAGACGAUGCGGGUCAAGUACGACCACCUGUGGACACAAGAGCCAUCUGCAUCUUUUACCAAGUCUAUUCGGCAAGACUUAAAAUCUCAUCUGGGCGCUUUAGACGCUGCUGCCGUAUCCGACCAACAGGUAUCGAUGCUCUGGGAAUCGGUCAAAUCUGACAUUCGACUGUUACUAUCACCUGACGUCGAGGAUGUCUUCCGCGCUAGCGCCCAACGUGAUGCCCCUUUAGAAAGUCUGCUAGAUCUUGACAUCGGUGCCGAGGCGCACGAUGAAAAGGAGCGAAUCAGAAUCAGACAGUAUACUACUGAAAUCGAGGAGCGACUGGGACGGUUGAAGAAAAUUGCUUAUGAGCGAGGUGAAGUACUCAAAGAACUAAAAGACAAGAUCCAAGCUGAUGACGUCUCGCACCUGCUGCUUUUGAAUCGCCGUAACCCUGGUGCUGAGCAAUCGUUGUUCGCCGCAGAACUCGAGAAGUUCCGGACAUACCAACAACGUCUUGGAAUCACUGUGCACAAUCAGCAAGUCGUGUUGAAGGAGAUCCAGGGACUGUGGAAGAACCUACGAGACCUUGCUGGGCGCGGACCUGGCGCAAAGAAGUGGGAUGAGCGUGAGCGGCGGAAGAAGGACACCGUACGCAGGUUCUCGAAUGCGAGAGAUGGAUAUAUGGAGGUCAGGGAUGGGUUGACGAAAGGACUGCAGUUCUACCAGCAACUUACUGACCUGAGUGCUACACUUACUGUUAGCGUUAAGUCCUUUAUCACCGACCGUCGAUCGGAACGCGACAGACUUGUUGGGCAAGCGGAUAUCCAGCAACGACUUGCGGUACCCCAGACACCUGCUGAAAAGCCUCCCUUACCACCGCCGCCGCGGCGCUCUGCCCCAUCUCUGGACUCAUCCUUCGCAUCUAUGAAUCUGCAAGGAAGCCAGAAUCCAGUAUCUCCUCCACCAAAACCGCCACAGGCGCCGUACUCCACAUUCCCUCCUCCACCCCAGUCAAUCAAUGCAUAUUCAAAUCUCCCGCCACCUCCACAACAGCCUGCACGCCCAGCGUACACAAAUCCAGUAUCGUCAAACACGCCAAGUGAUCCAUAUGCAAGUUUGGGGGCGUUUGGGUCUCAGUUUUCUACUCCACGCGCCGCCCCUCCAGUUCCACGGCAGCAAACGCAUUCGGCUUCGCCACAAAGGCAGUCUCCUUUUUCCUUACCACCACCUCCAUCACGACCGCAGUACGCUGCGAAUCCACAAAUUCCACAGACAUAUGUCCAGCAAGCUCCACCUCCGCCACAGUCAUGGCGGCAAUAUCCUCCUCAGACACAGCCAAUCCAGCAGGGUUCACAGUACCAGAACAUGUCUCGGCCUCCCCCACCUUCACAAGGUCAUGACACUCAGCAAUAUUACCAAGGUUAUGGAAGAUGA